AUGUAAUUAAAAUAAAGAAAGAGAAUUGAUAUAUCAGAUGAUCGUAUUUAUUUCAUAUCAUUAUUAUAAGCACUCUUUUUCAAUGAUGAACCCGUCCUCAAAUUAAGGAAGCUCAAAUUGAAGAAAAUGGCAGAUUUAGAAACCUUAAUACAUUCAUAAAACUAACGGAGAGAAUCAUUUGACUAAAAUCUCAAUUGCAACAAGUUAUUGUAAUAAUCCAAAAACUAAUCACUUGAUGGUGGAAAAAUAAUUGAUUAUGUUAAAGUUUAGAAUAGAGAGUAAUGAUCAAUAAUCAAUUAUUAGGUUAAACUAGGUGAAAUUGUAACAAAAAUUUUUGAAUCGUUCACGCAUUCUACAAGAUGAACCUCAAAAAAACAAGGAAAAAGAAUUACCAUUUGUUGAAGUACACACAUUACUCAUAUCUGUGUAUAGUAAUACCUCUUUAGAAAAACAGUUAAGAAUAUCAUUAAAAGAUCACAUAUUAAACAUGAUAACAUCAGGGCAUCCUUGAAUAAAGUUGAAACUUUCUUGAGUGGUAUAGAUACAACAAGAGACUAAUAUCCCCAAAUUUCGCCUCAUAGUCAAACUAAAAAUACUUAAAUCAAGACAUGCAGAAAUGAAGAUAAUUCAUGUCAUUCCAUAAAAUCGUAAUAAUUUAAUGUAUCCGAAUCUCCAUUGGUUAGAGAUAGAUCAAAAUCUCUUAUGUAAACAAUUGAGUAGAACAAUGAGAUUAGAAGUAAAUCAAUAAUGUUAUACCUAAUAGAUAUGAGGAGAGCAAAAGUUAAUGAAAUUAUUUACAAAACUGAGGAAACCAGAGAACGCAGUAUGGCAGCUGUAAGAUAAUUAUUAAUUUAAGUAGAAACUAUCAGUUUAUAGUGAAAAACCAGAUAGUAUUUAACCAACCAAAAAAUAAUUAUAAUAACUUCGAUAUAAAUGGGUUAGAAAACUAAAGUAUAAAAUAGAAUUACAUAACAAUUAAAUGAAAUAAUUUAUGGAUUUCUUAGAUUAUCUGAAAUCAUCUGAUAUUAAAGUAAAAAGUGAAGACCAACAAUAUUUAAAAUACUAUCGAGAUAAAUUAUUAAAUGGUGAUCAUCUUAUCGAGGAAGAUUUUUAGAUGAUGAUAAAUGAUUAAAACACUCAUAUUAUUGGAUUAUUAAUAAGAGGUUAUAUAGCUAUUGAAAAUUGA